AUGGCACCAAUUAAAUUGACUGAAGAAGAAAGAGCUACAUUACUUCCAACUGUACCAUCGUGGUCUAUGGUAGAAGGUAGAGAUGCUAUCAAGAGAACCUAUAUCUUUAAGGAUUUCAUUACUGCUUUUUCAUUCAUGACUCGUACUGCUUUAGUUGCUGAAAAGAUGGAUCAUCACCCUGAAUGGUUCAACGUUUACAAUAAAGUAGAUGUCACAUUGGCUACACACGAUUGCAGUGGUCUAUCAAAGAAUGACAUCAACUUGGCCAAGACAAUGGACGAAUUCUUUGUUCAAUACACUCAAUAA